GGUCAUGCAAAGGAGGCACUUCAGCUCGCUAAGAUUCAAGAAGAGACCCUUCACCUGGAACAACAAGCUAAAAUCAAGGAAUAUGAAGCGGCCUUGGAACAGUUGAAGAGUGAGCAGAUAAGAGUACAAGGAGAGGAGAGGAGGAAAACCUUAAAUGAGGAGACCAAGCAGAAUCAAGCUAGAGCUCAGUACCAAGAUAAACUGGCAAGGCAGCGAUAUGAAGAUCAAUUACGGCAGCAGCAACAAUUAAAUGAGGAAAAUUUACGCAAACAAGAAGAGUCUGUUCAGAAGCAAGAGGCAAUGCGGCGAUCCACGGUGGAGCAUGAGAUGGAGUUGCGACAUAAAAAUGAGAUGAUGCGAAUUGAAGCAGAGGCUCGAGCUCGUGCCAAGGUAGAACGUGAAAAUGCUGAUAUCAUUCGGGAGCAAAUUCGGCUAAAAGCUGCAGAACAUCGUCAGACCGUCCUGGAAUCCAUCAAGACUGCAGGAACUGUGUUUGGAGAGGGUUUCCGUGCCUUUGUGUCAGACUGGGACAAAGUGACAGCCACAGCUACUGGAUUGACCCUGCUUGCGUUAGGUAUUUACUCAGCCAAGAACGCAACCGGUGUGGCAGGUCGCUUUAUUGAAGCUCGCCUUGGCAAGCCCUCUUUGGUCCGAGACACUUCUCGUAUAACAGUGGUAGAGGCCAUCAAGCACCCUAUUAAGGUCAGCAGACGUCUUUUCAGUAGAGUCCAGGAUGCCCUAGAAGGUGUUGUUCUCAGUCCAAAACUAGAGGAACGAGUGAGGGACAUUGCCAUUGCCACAAGGAAUACGAAGAAGAACAAAGGUCUAUACAGGAAUAUUUUAAUGUAUGGUCCUCCAGGGACUGGAAAAACACUAUUUGCCAAGAAAUUAGCCAUGCAUUCUGGCAUGGAUUACGCCAUCAUGACUGGUGGUGACGUCGCCCCCAUGGGGCGUGAUGGAGUUACUGCAAUGCACAAAGUGUUUGACUGGGCAAGCACUAGCAAGCGCGGCCUCUUGCUUUUUGUGGAUGAAGCAGAUGCAUUCCUAAGGAAGAGAGCAACGGAGAAAAUCAGCGAAGAUCUGAGAGCCACACUAAACGCCUUUCUGUACAGGACUGGAGAGCAAAGUAACAAAUUUAUGAUGGUGCUGGCCAGUAAUCAGCCAGAACAGUUUGACUGGGCCAUCAACGAUCGAAUAGAUGAGAUUGUCAACUUCGAUCUUCCUGGACUGGAGGAGAGGGAGCGCCUGGUCCGACUUUACUUUGAUAAAUACGUCUUAAAACCAGCAAGCGAGGGCAAGCAACGUUUGAAAGUUGCCCAAUUUGACUAUGGAAAGAAAUGUUCAGAACUGGCAAAAAUAACUGAAGGCAUGUCUGGCCGAGAGAUCUCCAAACUGGGUGUCGCUUGGCAGGUGAGUGGCUAAAGUACCUUUUUGGACUGAACUUGUCAAAGCCUAAGAU